AUGCCAAACGGAUAUCAAUCAGAAUUUCGGCACGAUCACGGCGAGCAUCGCUCGCGAACUGAAUAUAUUCUCGCGGGGGUGGAAGCAUCGAGUAGAAGUGAACCACGGGUGCUGGAGAGGCCGUAUCAGUGCAAAAAGAUAAAGCGGAGGUCAUUGUCUCGUAUGCAAUCUAUUCCUGAGGAUAAACCGAUCGCAUCCACUUCCGCAAAUACGCGAGCAUCUGAGAAUAAUGUACAGAUGCGAGGGAAAUCGAUCCAGAUAACGGAGGAGAGAGACGAAGACGAGGAAGACGAUGAUAACACUUGCUGCCAUCGCGCGACUUUUUGCAACCCGAUAUUACGGGAGAUUCUCGUAACCGAUGUGAUAUCCGCGUGCUUCGAUUUGCAACUGACAUGGGCGGAUCUCUUCUGGCUCGCGACCGUGGCCGGCAUGACCAUGCUGGUCUGGGCUGUUCUGUACUUUCUGCUGGGCGACAUGGUACUACCAGGUGGCAAUGUCUUCGGCCUCUUGCUUCUCGUCGUUUUCUCCUACACGCUUGGCUGGACCCUCGUCUAUAUUCCUUGGCUGCAUCUGCCGCCCAUCUUCGGCAUGCUCCUAGCCGGUAUAAUAUUGCGCAACACCGACAUUUAUAAUAUACAUGACGAACUCGGGCCGGGCACAACAUCCAAGAUCAGGACCUUCUGCCUGACUUUCAUCAUGGUACGUGCCGGUCUACAGCUGACGACGACUGCACUGAGAGCGCAUCCUAUGUUCGUGAUGAUCCUCGCGCUUGUACCGUGUACCAUCGAGAUGCUAACGCUCACUGUCUCGUGCAGAUAUCUCCUCGACUUUCCGUGGAAUUGGUCUUUCAUGACAGGGACAAUUGUGGCCUGCAUGUCCCCCGUUGUAACGGUCAACUGCAUGCUCACCCUAGCUGAACAAGGUUAUGGAGAAGAUAAAGGAUUCACCAGCUUAUUAUCCACAGCAGCGUCUAUCGAUGACGUUCACAUCGUGUCUCUGUUUUCCAUCUGCUUCUCUUUCGUUUUUAGCAACGAUGACGGGAGAACAGAAUGGUGGUCCUAUAUCCCCGGCGGGAUUCGAGAUUUCCUUCUAGGACUUAUAGUGGGAAUUAUCUUGGGUUUUGCUCUGGCCUUUUUCCCUCAUCGCAAUCACAAACACGCAAUGUGGUAUCGCAUCGGCGGUUUGGCUCUCGCAUCUUUGAUGUGUACCACAGCAGCAUCGAGACUGGCGAUUACAGGUGGAGGAUACCUCGCUACCAUUAUACUAUCGUUUAUAGCAAUUCACGGAUGGCGAAUCUUGACAGUUUCGUACGAUACGACGCCUUUCCAUAAAGCAUUUUAUUUCUUGUGGCAUUUUGUGCAACCGAUUUUAGGGGGCGUGAUCGGUGCCGAUAUCGAUUUUAGAAACUGGGCUAUAUUAAAAUUCGGGCUCUACCUGGCCUGUAUACUAAUAGGUAUAUCCGUACGUAGUACUACCGCCUUUCUAACGACGCUUAGAAUGCCUUUCACGUGGAAAGAACGACUUUUCGUCGCUAUAUCUUGGAUACCGAAAGGAACUUUACAAGCAGCGUUAGCGCCGAUGGCAUUCGAACGUGCUAGAAAGGAGGACGACCCAACGAAAAUCGAAUUAGCCCUCGAAGUAGUAAAGAUUUCCGUAAUCGCUAUAGUAUUUCUGGCCCCGCUUGGUGCAAUCGGCAUGAUGACUACCGGCCCCUUUUUCCUCAACAAGGUCAGUAUGGAGGAACUCCAAAGGGAGCGUGAAUUGAGCUAUUCGCACAUCGUCGCUCUGCAACCUGUUAGAACGCACAAACAAAGAAAGAAAUCUACAAUCAACAAUACCGUUAAGACUUUUCCGCCAAUAGAAUCGACACCAUAGCGUUAAGUAUAGAUGUAUUUAUU